AUGGAUGUGGAAGUGACACUAAGCUCGUCGCCUUCGUAUUCGUUCACGAUUUCUGCCAGCUGUGAUCGCGGCGAUCGUACGACAAUGGAAGAUCGAAUGUGUGUUCAUCAGGGGUUCACAAAACAUGGCAUGCUUGAUUUUCUUCUGCUUGGAUUGUUCGACGGUCACGCUGGAGAUGAGGCAGCCCAAUGUGCCAAAGAAAUCCUGCCUGUUAAGGUAUGGCAACGUUUUUGA